AUGAUCAAAGCGAUUUUGGUAAUUAAUAACCAUGGCAAACCACGUCUGCUCAAAUUCUACCAGUAUUACACCGAAGAAAUGCAGCAGCAGAUCGUUCGUGAGACAUUCCAGUUGGUAUCAAAACGUGAUGACAACGUCUGUAACUUUUUGGAAGGAGGCACUUUGAUAGAUGGAAACGAUUAUCGACUAAUCUAUCGUCAUUAUGCUACUUUAUAUUUCAUAUUCUGCGUUGAUUCAUCUGAAAGCGAGCUCGGUAUUCUGGAUCUGAUCCAGGUGUUUGUCGAGACCUUAGAUAGAUGCUUCGAGAAUGUGUGCGAAUUGGAUUUGAUCUUUCACGUUGACAAAGUACACCAUAUUCUUGGCGAAAUCGUGAUGGGUGGUAUGGUGUUGGAAACGAAUAUGAACGAGAUAUUGCUCAGAAUCCAGGAACAGGAGAAAUUACAGAAGGCUGAAGCUGGAAUCGCUGCCGCUCCCGCCAGAGCCGUGUCGGCUGUGAAAAACAUGAACCUACCACAACAGCUCAAAGAUAUCAAAUUGCCCGAUUUGCCAUCACUUUCUAAUUUGAAAAAUGCAUUUUAG